AAUCAUGAACGAGCCCUCAUAGUACGUAGUAGCGAAGCCACAUUGAAGCGAGCUAGCGUUAACUCUUUGUGCCGGGGAGUACCGAACCGGAGGAAUACAGAUGUUUUGACCUUCAGUCACACGGAGGGUCGACCUCUCUUAUUCGACUAUUGAGACAACAACACAAGAGACUUGUAAUUUGGUGGUUCGAGCAGCGUUUUGUUCGAUUCGGGCGUCUUAUUCGUUAAGAAAGGCGGCCACGUCCUUCAUUCUCUCGUAUCUGGGAACUAGCUUAGCUACUAGUUAGCUACUGUUUUGUUGCGGAGGUGGUUUGGGAAAACCUUACACAUUAGGAGGUUUCACCCAGGAAUGGAUACUGGAGUCGUCACUGAAAAGAAAAGGGUGAGCUCGGAGCGCAGGAAGGAGAAGUCCAGGGAUGCUGCUCGAUGUCGCAGGGGCAAGGAGUCUGAGGUGUUCUAUGAACUAGCACGUCAACUGCCCCUUCCCCACAAUGUCAGCUCCCAUCUGGACAAGGCCUCCAUCAUGAGGCUCACCAUCAGCUACCUGCGCAUGAGAAAACUUCUGAGCUCUGAUGAGGCAGAGGAUGAAUCUGAGCUGGAGAGCCAGCUCAAUGGCUUCUACCUGAAGGCCCUGGAGGGCUUCCUGAUGGUGCUUUCUGAGGAUGGAGACAUGGUUUAUCUCUCCGAAAAUGUCUGCAAGUGCAUGGGCCUCACACAGUUUGAUCUGACUGGCCACAGCGUUUUUGACUUUGCUCACCCUUGUGAUCAUGAGGAAAUGAGGGAGAUGCUAGUGCACAGAACAGGGUCCAAGAAAACUAAGGAGCAAAACACAGAGCGAAGCUUCUUCCUGCGCAUGAAGUGCACACUCACUAGUCGAGGACGUACUGUCAACAUCAAGUCUGCCACAUGGAAGGUUCUCCACUGCACAGGGCAUGUGCGUGUCCAGGAGUGCAGUGAGGGUCCUGGAGAUACUAGCUUCAAAGAGCCCCCUAUCACCUAUCUGGUGCUUAUUUGUGAGCCCAUCCCUCACCCCUCGAACAUCGAGGUGCCUCUGGACAGCAAAACCUUCCUUAGCCGUCACACUCUGGACAUGAAGUUCUCAUACUGCGAUGAGAGAAUCACAGAACUGAUGGGCCAUGAGCCAGAUGACCUGAUGAAUAGGUCUGUGUAUGAGUUCUACCAUGCCCUGGACUCUGAUCACCUCACCAAGACACACCAUAAUCUGUUUGCAAAGGGCCAGGCUACAACAGGCCAGUAUCGAAUGCUGGCUAAGAAGGGAGGCUAUGUGUGGGUCGAGACCCAGGCCACAGUCAUUUACAAUCCCAAGAACUCCCAGCCGCAGUGCAUUGUGUGUGUCAACUAUGUUCUCAGUGGCAUUGUGGAGGGAGACGUAGUCCUCUCCCUACAGCAGACAGUGACAGAGCCAAAGGCUGUGGAGAAGGAGCCAGAAAUGGAGAAGGAAGAGGACUCGGAAAUGGACAUGUCAAAACUGUUCAAGAACGAGAAGCUGUUGUGUUCUGUGAAGAGCUCGGAGAGCCUGUACGAGAAGCUGAAGGAGGAGCCUGAGGCCCUCACAGUUCUAGCUCCCGCUGCAGGAGACACCAUCAUCUCACUGGACUUUAACAGUCCUGACUCUGAGAUUCAUCUACUGAAGGAGGUGCCACUCUACAACGAUGUCAUGCUGCCCUCCACCAGUGAGAAACUGCCUCUGCCGCUGUCUCCGCUGGCUCCCAGUGAGCCCCCUCCAGCUCUGACCAAACUAGAGUCUGGAGGAGAGGACUUUUCGUUUUCUUCCACCUCCCAUCACAGCACAGACACUGCCGACAAGCCAUCCAGCCCCACCACUGGAUCUAGCUCCUCAGAGCCCAACAGCCCAAUGGAUUACUCUUUAGAAGUUGAUUCAGCUAUUAGCUCAGAGUUCAAACUGGAUUUGGUUGAAAAGUUGUUUGCUAUUGACACAGAGGCAAAGACUCCAUUCAGCACCGAAGAUAUGGGUGAUCUUGACCUAGAAAUGCUUGCGCCAUAUAUUCCUAUGGAUGAUGACUUCCAGCUACACAUCACUUCUCCUCUGGACCCGCUCCCCUCUGGUCCACAUGCUAUCUCAGACAUGAACUCCCUGUUCCAGCCCUUACCUACCCCGCCAUCUCCACCUUCUAGCUCCAGCAGUUCAGUAAAGCAGGAGCCCUGUUCUCGUGUCCCUUCACCACUCCACCUGCUACAGGAGGUACGCAGUGCCCCAGUCUCACCCUUCAGUGGCGCUCGCAGUCGUGAGGCUUCCCCAGCCCGUGCCCCCACCCCACAGGGAGGCAUCCCUCUGACUAGCAGAAUGUCAGUGGUGGAUCGAGAGCUCUCUCCAAAGGUGCUAGCAAUCCAGAAUGCCCAGCGAAAGAGAAAACUAGAGGAGGUUACCUCACUGUCACAAGCAGUUGGACUGGGUGCUUUGCUUCAAUCUGUGGAUGAUGUUAUAGAACCAGGAAAGAGAGCAAAAGUGCUUGAGGUUAAAGGUUCCAGUUUGCUUGGUGGGAACAAGACCAUUCUUAUACUGCCAUCUGAUGUGGCCAGUCGUUUGCUGUGCAGCUCAUUUGACAGCAGUGGAGGGUUACCUCAACUGACGCGCUAUGACUGCGAGGUCAACGCUCCUAUUCAGGACCGCCAUCCCUUGCUACAGGGGGAGGAGCUACUGCGUGCUCUGGACCAAGUUAACUGAGUUACGCUCUGCUUUGCAAUACUGGACACUGCACCCUCUUUACCCUAUUCCAUUAUUAUCUUCUGAAGUAGAACCACAAGCCCCCCUUCUACCUUUCACCCCCAUCCGACUUUUCCCUACAUAUAUAUUUUCCACAGCUCAGUGUUUUGCUGUCUGCUAACUGACCCUACAUUUCCUAGUUCUCGGUGGACUUCCCUCCUAUCAGUGGCCUGAGGACAAACCCUGAUGAAGUAUUAGAAGUAGUUUCUCUCCUGAAAGUGGAGGCAAACUAGUGUAAUUUAAACUAGUGGUGGUGACCAAUAGUGAGUUAAGAGCCUUAAUGCUAAACGCACACUCCCCCACCAUAGAUACUCAUUUUCCCACUCCCUCUGAAUCCCUUUUAUCGCUGCAACACUUCUCUCAUCUUUAUGCCCUGCCUUUUGCCCACCCUCUUCCCAAAGCAGUGUGUAUUGUAGCUAAAGUCGCACAAUGAUCUAUUUUCUUAAGACAGAAUACCAGCAGUUCAUGCAAUAUACAAAACCAUUUUUACGAAUAUGUACUUUUAACAAAAAGAAUAACCAUGUUAUUUUUCUCUCUGUUGCUUUUGUCAUCUAUCAUAUUUGUUUUAAAGCGGUUACAUUUAAGAGUUGUAUGUGUGUUCAUCCAUAGGCUCCAUGGUGAAUGCUUGUAUUGUUAUUGCUGUGGACAUAUUUACAUCACCAGUUCAGUGUAGAAUGGCACAGAUGAAUUGUAAAGGCACCACUGAAAGUAGUCCUUGCGAAUGUGCAAAAGGGAAUUUUCAAAUGAGAUUUUGGCGUUUCUAGUAAAAUGCAAAUGUCCAGGUGAUGGUUAUCUUGAAAAGGUUGCAACAGAUGUAGAGUUUAAUUAUGCGAUAGAUUUUUAUAUUUUUAGACAUUUUUUUUCUGUCUAUGUAUCUUCAUGGUAGAUGCUUAGAAGUCCUUCAUGCCUCCAGUGUCGUACAGCAGGAUAGAUUUAAAUAUUAUGCUUAAAAAGCGUGUUGUAGAAUGAUCAUGCAAUGCCAAUGUAUCAGUUAUUCAAGUUUUAAGUGUAUAACAGCAUAUAAAACUGCUUAGAGUAGACAUAAACAACGGCAAUAUUUGUUUUCCUCAUGCUUUCUUAUCAAUGUCACUUUGCAUAGAGGCUGACAUUGUCCUGCAAAUAUUUUAUGAACUUUUAUCUUAUUUUGCGAUAGGAGAAGCAUUUCCUUUUGUGGUUGUCAUAUUGUAAUCUAUUGUUCAUUUAUUUCUGCGGUCUGUACACCUGUAUUCCCUUAACACUAAAUGUAUUGUUUAUUGCAUAAUCAUUAAAGAACAAUUGUGGACCAGAA